AUGGUUGCACUUCUUCUCUUCUUCAUAUUGUCUUCGGACUCGAAAAUUAUCAUAUCAUUCUUUGGAGGACUUUGUGAAGAGGUCGGACCAUCGAUUGAACAAUCAAUACCCGGCUUUUUACUUCGUUCCUCUUCAUUAAAAGCAGCAUAUCACGAAAUUGACUAUGCUGGGCCCUAUGUGAUACAAUAUGGAGUUCGGAUUGUAGAUUACGACUAUGGAUGGUCGCCUCAGCAGCCUAUUCACUGA